GCCCGUCGAGUUCGGCACCGUCAUCUACGACCUCGAGACGAUCCACGACGCCGAGCGAGGAAUCUACGCGGACAAGGGCCUUUUUGAGUGCGAGCACUCGGAGCAAAUUGUUUGGAAGAGGCAGUCGCAGGUCAUCCAGUUCGCGGCUGUGGACCUGCGGACCGGCGAACGUCUCCGAGUGUCGUGCAGGCCGAAGUUCGAGUGGGACGACGUGAAGUCGCCGGCGGCGCGGGAGUUUGCCGAGGAUCACGGGCACGACGCCAUCAUCAAAGACAUGAGCCUGCCGCACUUCGAGGACAGGUGGAGGGAGGAGAUCAUGCCAUUCCUCAAGAGGGCUGCUGGGAAGUUCUCGCGGCUGGCUAUGAUCGCCCAUAACGGCGACAAGUUCGACCACUACGUCUUGGACAAGGAGCUGUGCAGCCGCAAGCUGAAUCCCUCCGACCAGCUCUGCCUGCACUGCUUCGACCCGAUCCGGACGCUGAAGGGCCUGCACGGCGAGGAUUAUGGCACCGGCGGGCGGCUAAGAUUAGAGACGCUGCAUAGUACGCACGUGCCGGCGGACCGGGCGGAGGCCCGCCCCGACCAGCACGAGGCCCUGAACGACUGCCUCAUGCUGCGGGAGGUGCUGGCGCACUGGACGCACCUCGCGGGUGCCCUCGCAUUUGAGAUCUCGAGGGCGUUCUGCGCCCACACUGGCGAGGUCGCGUUGGGGUACAUGCAGGUGGCGAGCUUGUUCGGGUACCCGAGGGAGCCGGGCGACUCUUCUGAGAAGCCAGCCGAUGUUGGUGCGGGCGGGGCAGGGGGCGAGACGCCCUUCUACGAGAUGAGCGUGGGCGCCGCGGAGUUCGUGCCCGGGGUCCCGUGGACAGCGCCGAAUUAUCGAGGCCGCGCGGCCGCUGACGAUGGAACGUCCCGACGCAAGGGAACGUCCCGACGCAGAUGCCCGUCGCCCAGGAUCGGACCCGUCCAUGCAGUUCCAGUGACGGCGCGGCGCGGCGCCCCGACAUGUUCCAGCUUCGAGGGCGAGCGCGGGUUCCGGCUCAGUUUCGCAACCGAGUGGGCCUGCAAGCCCAAGUGCCGCCAGAGCGGCAACUGCGCGCUGCGAGACCUCCACAAGCUCACGGGCGAGCUAGCGAAGCUGCGCAAGGUCCGCGCCCCUGGCGGCCACUUGGGCGGAGGUGUCGGCAACCUCGGCCAUGUUCAAGCCGUGUCUUCCGUCAAGUGUUGGAUGCGAUUCGAGGCCGUCAUCUUCGAGCCGCUCUGCGACUUCAGCAUCUUCCCAGGGCGCGCCAGCUCGGCGCACCUUUCGGGCGUGGUCCCUGGCGGGGUCACGUGGACCAACUUCUACCUCAGGGCGAACGAGGGCGCGCCCGUCCUGAACGCGCAAGUCCUGAAGGUGUACGGGGCGGCAAGGAUUAUUGGCAAGCCCGCCGCUUUCGGAGGCGAUUUCAACCUGGGGCCGCCGCAGCACGCCCAGUCGGGCGUCUUGGUCACACUUAGUCCGAGGGCGGCGUCGCCAGACGCGGGCGCGUGCCGCUCUGGAGGGCGCAUCAUCGACUACUGGGUGACCAGCGAGUGCUUCGGCCAGUUCGAGAUUGACGGUGGCACCAGUGAGCAAAGCAUGCAGGUCAUGGUUGGUCCCACUCCCCAUGCCGCGGGCCUCCCGCGCUGCGCUACCGAGCAGUGCGCCGAGUGGACAGCGAAGCGCGAGGCCAUGGAGGCGACCAGCUCCGUCGACGGCAAGUGGAAGGUCCUCGCCUACCAGGCGGAGUGGAACAUGGCUAGCGCGCCCGGCCUCGCUCGCGAGUUCGAGCUCUACUCAGGGCGCGCCUGGGGGCCGCGCCUCAAUGCGGCGAAGGUCACGGCGCCAAGCCAGCCGUGGCCGCCGCGGGUCAGGGCAGGCGUAAUGUGGCCCAUGAGCACGGCGCUCGCCCUCAAGGGCGCCGCGCUUGGCAAGCAGUCGCUUCGGCGGCAGCGGGCUCGCACCAUCGAGGGGCCCAACGCGCAGCGCGGCCGCUCCGCCAGCGGCGCCGUUCAAGGGCGCGCGCAGCUCGCGCGGCAGGACAGCCUGUUCGCAGCCCACGCCGAGCACCUGGACGCGUGCUCCACGCGCGCGGUCAGCGCCUACGUGUCCGAGGAUGCCGACUCUGAUGUCCACGGUGAGGUCAAACGCAGGAAGCGAGGCUACAACUACUGGGCGGUCGACAGGGUCGCGGAAGACCUCGCCGCGGGCGCUGAGGCGUUGGUCGAGAGGGUCGUCAAGUUGAGGCUAAAGGUCGCAACCAGGAAGCACAGAGCCCCAGGCUCCAACGCGAAGCUCAGGAAGCGGCUGCAAGACGCGCUGAUCCAAAGGGCUGGGGCGCAAGGUGCAGGGCGCGCACGAGUCCUGGGCGCGCGCCGCGCGGAGGCAGGCAAGAACGACGUGCAGGCCAGGAAGGACUGGCUCAAGCGCGACAUGGACAGGGGCUCCCCGCGCGGGCACGUCGGGCUUCGGACUGGCGCGGGCGGGGGCCUCGAUCGCGAAGGCUGUCGAGGUUCGGUCCCAAACGAGUCCACCACGACCUGCCUCGCGAUUGGAGGCCCGAAGGAGAUCGACCACAUUUACGGGGCCACGUUCGAGCCAGUCUGCACUCUGGCGAGGGCAUCGCGGGGGGAAGGUUUACCGAUGAGCUGGCUCGGGGCCGCCUUCAAAGGCCACGCCGAGGGCGCGACCGGGCGGGGCCAGGCGAAGGAGCCCGCGGGCGCAGCGGUGCUCUCGCGGGAGCGCAUCGGCCGCGAGUUGCGCGGCUACGAGAUGUGGGCCGGGCCCGAUGGCAGCGGGAAUUUCAAAGUCAGCGACUUGCAACCGCGUUCCUUCAAGCAGGCAGUCAGGCGCGCGAGAUUCGCGGCGGACCAGUUUAGGGCGCCAGUCGCCGCCAGGCAGGCCAGGAGCACCAGGGAGCUUGCGUUGGACGCCAUGCUCUAUUGGGUGGCGGAGGGGGCCUUUGCCCUGGCAGAGGGCGUGCGGAUGGAGGACAAGACCAGGAGUGGUCUUAUUCCACGCGCGGGCAAGGCUGACAGGCCGCAGUCGGUGUGCAGCCUGCUCGGGGGGAUUCAGAUUGUCCCUUGCUCCGUGCGGACUGGCCGAUCCUGCGGCAGCAUUGUGCUAGAGCCGACAGGGCGCGCGGCGGCCACGGGGCAGGCGCCGUCCGUGCGGGGCCUGCCGUGGGAGCGGGCGCUGCUAUUGCUGCCGUGCGGGGCGCCGCCGAGCCCGGUGCUCAACGCUUCGACGUACGCCGCCAUCAUCCACGCGUGCGGGCGCGCCCUCCGGUGGGCGCAGGCGCUGCGGCUGCACGUGUUGGCGGACGCCUACCGAGUCGAUCAGACGGUGGUCGUGUUCGGCGCUGCGAUCGGCUCGUGCGUCGCCCCUGGCGCGUGGUUGCAGGCGGUCGCGCUGCUCGCGGAGAUGCGCGAGCGGCGCGUUGCGCCCAACGCCGUCGCGUGUGGCGGCGUGACCGGUGCUUGCGCGCGGGCGGGCCGUUGGCGGCAGGCGCUGCGGCUGCUGGCCGAGGCCCGCCGGUGGCGCGUGAGGGCGUCCACGGCCGCGCACAGCGCGGCGGUGACGGCUCUCGGGCAGAGCUGGAGGUGGCAGGAGUCCCUGCACCUCGUCGCCGAGGCGAACCAGGUGCGCCUGGCGCCCGACGCGGCCAUGUUCGGCGCCGCGGCGGCCGCCUGCGAGCGCCGGCAGCGCUGGGAGCUCGCCCUGGAGAUCGUCGCCUCGAUGGAGGGGGCCGACGGCCCGCCCAACGCUGCGGCGGUGGCGACGGCCAUCAGCGCGUGCGAGAAGGGCGGCCACUGGGCUCCCGCGCUUCAGCUCCUGCGUGCCGCACGGCGCCGACUGCUCCCCGCGGACGCGGUGAUGUACGGCGCGGCUGCGAGCGCCUGCGAGAAGGGGCGGUGUUGGGAGCAGGCCGUCGCGUUGCUGCGCGAGCUCGCGGGCGCGGGCGGUGACGUACCCAACACGGUCGUGUUCAACGCGGCCGUGGCGGCGUGCGCAGGACGCAAGUCCCCGGUGGGCUACCUCGAACAAACAGUUGCCGUCACCAGGGGCGGCCUCCACUGCGGCGUCGCCUUCGGCAACGAAUCGCCCCGGGCCCCUCACCUGAGCGGGGCGCAGAGGAUUCGCCGCCUCGCGAGCGUCAGCCUGGCCCCGGAGGCCGCCACCGCGGCGGGCGUGCGCGUGCAGGGCGAGCUGGUCGGGGGGAGCUGGUCCCUCGUGUUCUCCGAGCAGGAGGCGCAGGGCGCGCAGGGCCUGGGCGACGAGAGCGUCGUGGACCGCCUGACCGCUCAGGCCUACCGGUUCUUCUUCCGCUUCGCGCCCGCACUGGCGGGCGCGCAGAAGGGGCAGGCGCGGAGCUGGUGGGGCACCCCGCGCAACGAGCAGCGCGUGGACCUGGAGCGCGGCACAGUGGAGAACGUGGUGGAGGCGAGGGGCUUGAGCUGCGAUGGCGACGACGAGAGCGGCGGACGCUACGUCGAGGCCUCGCUCCACAGCCAGACGCAGUACUCCAGCAAGAGCACAGGCCCGCUGGACCGCCUGGCCUGGACCGGAUGGCUGCGCAUGGAGCUCUCGGACGACUUCGAGCUGCAGGACCACCCCUUGCGGCUCGGCGUCUGUAGCAGUGAGCAGGGCCCUCCCGACAGCGGGUCGGUGGCCAUAGACCUGGAGCAGAUCUUGCACACCGCAGGCAACUGA